AUGAUUCGUGAUAAGGCACCAGAGCUGAUAGAAUAUUUAUUAUUAUGGGGAAUCGAACAUUUUUAUCUGUACGAUAAUUUGAGCAAUGAUAAAACGGCCACUAAAGGAAGACAUUGGAAUACGAUUCAACGUGCAUUGAUUAAUCAUGCACUCAAAACAUUUGGUCCUUAUAAGCGAUGGAUGGGCUAUUUUGAUGUUGAUGAAUAUUUUCAAUUGAACGAUGAGAAACCCGAUCUCGUCUUGAAUGGUUCAACAACAUUAGCUCAAUUACUUGAUAAAACGUAUCCGGAGCACAUGUAUUCGUGUGGUACUCAGUUUGAAUUAGUGCAAUUAUCUUGCUUUCUAACUCAAUUAGACAUCAUUCAGGGUCGAUACAGACUGUCAAUAAAAAAGUGCAAUGUGUUGUUAGAUGAGAAACAGCGUGUCACUCCAAAAAUGUUUAUUCGGGCUGAAAAUAUUUCCAUUAUGGUCACGAUUCACUCAUUGCCUGGAUUAAAAUAUAAACAGAAUGCAAACUACGCAGAAUUUGGCCGAUUCAGACAUUAUCAUCAUGGAAAACUUGGUGCUGUCGAAGAGUUAAAAACAAAUAAUGGAAAAGUUGACAGGUCGAUGGAGAGAUACAUACACGUAUUAAAACAACGCAUCGUCAAAUAUUAA